AGCUUAUCUAUUGCUGUGUGUUACUAUAUGAUAUACUAAUUAAUAUAAUAGUGUCAUUUAUGAUAUAGAAUUAGAGUAGCUUACCUGUUACUAUGUGUUAUAAUAAUACCUAAUUGCAGUUAACAUAUAUGACCCACGUAUUCAAGUGAAUGCUGUAAGAAGUAUUGGUAUAAAUAAAUGAAUGUUGAUGGGCCGAUUUCCGGCCGUGGAAAGGUUAGAGUUUAAGUGCAGCCAGAGCGGAAGGUUGUGUGCAGGUUUCCGAUGAGUGUCUCGGGGUCACGUUUUCCCUGCUCCGUGUGUCGAGGACACUGAAAUCUUGCUUCCCAAAGUGAGACUGGAUUCGCAAAAGGACCUGCGGGCCCCUGACGUUGUCAUCGGAGCGGACACCAUCGUGGUGGUGGGAGCGGUGAUCCUGGAGAAGCCUGUGGACAAGCAGGACGCCUACCGCAUGCUGUCAAGGCUGAACGGGAAGGAGCACAGCGUGUUCACGGGCGUGGCCAUCGUCCGCUGCUGCAGCAAAGACGGCCGGCUGGACACGGAGGUCUCGGAGUUCUACGAGGAGACCACGGUGAAGUUCUCAGAGCUGUCGGAGGAGCUGCUGUGGGAGUACAUCAACAGCGGGGAGCCCAUGGGUCCUGGCUGCAGGUCUGCGGACCCCAGGAAGGUCAACGCCGCUGCCAUCUUCUCUACCCUCCUUCCCUCCCCACCGUGGUUUCCCGCCCCCCGCUGCAGGGACAAGGCUGGCGGCUACGGGAUCCAGGCGCUGGGCGGGAUGCUGGUGGAGUACGUGCGCGGAGACUUCCUCAACGUCGUGGGCUUCCCCCUCAACCACUUCUGCAAGGAGCUGGCGCGGCUGUACUACCCGCCCCGCCCCGAGGACCUGCGCCGGCUCAGGCACGACUCCAUCCCCGCCGUCGACACCUUUGAGAACCUGAGUGACACGGAGGCAGGUGGCUCGGACCCAGGUCAGAGUGCCGAGGGCGGCCGUGGCGGCGAACAGGCGGACGGAGACCGGUCACAGGCUCCGGGCGCGCCGGAUGCAGCCCUUAACGGGGCGGACAGCCGGCCCCCGUUCCCCACGGGCCUCCUGGAGCUGAUGGACGGCUUCAAAGCAUCCAAGGUCCUGUUCACGGCUUGCAAGCUCAAACUGUUUGACAUGUUAAGAGACCAAGGCCCCCUGAAGGCCGUGGAUGUCGCCCGCAAACUCAACGCCUGCGCGGGCGGGACUGAGCGGCUGCUGGAUGUCUGCGCGGCCCUGGGUUUACUGGAGAAGACGCACAGAGGUUACAGCAACACGGAGGCGGCGACCCUGCACCUGGUGUCAGACGGUGAACACUCUCUCCAUGGCCUGGCCGAGUACAAUGACGCCCACGUCUGGGGCGUCUUCACAGGCCUGGGCCCGGCCGUGCAGGAGGGGGCGGACCAGACCCGCGGGGCUCUGCGGGUGAUGGAGGAGGAGGGCCACCUGUCCCAGAGCAGGGAGAUGACGCUGCAGUUCAUGAGGGCCAUGCACAGCCUCAGCAAGCUGACCGCCCACCACGUGGCCACGGCCUUCGACCUGUCCCGAUUCACCUCUGCCUGCGACCUGGGAGGCUGCACGGGCGUCCUGGCCUGCGAGCUCACCCAGAAGUACCCGCGUCUGCAGGUGACUGUGUUUGACCUCCCAGAGGUCACUGAGCUCUCCGGGGGCUUUCAGCGUGGCGGACGACAGACAGAGCGGAUCCACUUUGUGCCAGGUGACUGUUUCAAAGACAACCUCCCGGAAGCAGAUCUGUACAUUCUCUCCAGAAUUCUGCAGGACUGGCCGGAUGACAAACUCCACAAGUUACUGAGCCGGAUCUCAAGCACCUGCAAACCAGGCGGUGGCCUCCUGGUGGCGGAAGCGGCGGCGGAGGAGGAGCGGGCGUCCCGGAGACCCCGGCUGCGGACCCUGAGCGCCGGGCAGCCCCGGAGCCCCGACGAGCACCGGUGCCUCCUGCAGCGACACGGCUUCCAGGACGUGCGGGUGGCGCGUGCGGGGGACCUGCUGCGCGUGGUCCUGGGCACCCGAGCUGCGCCCUGAGGGUUACCGGCAACCCGGCGGGGCCCAGCACCCGGGAGUGAAGUGUUCCUGGAGAGCAGGUGUCACCGGACAGAUUAAAGGAGGCGGAAAGCAAGGCUGUCUCCUCGCGUCUGUGGCACUCUG